CCUGGGUCCUUGCUCGGGGGCGGCGGCGGGCGCCCCGGGAUGCUGCCGGCGGUGGCCGUGGCGGUGGCCGUGGCGGUGGCCGUGGCCGUGGCCGUGGCCGUGGCGCUGCCCGCCGCCCCCGCGCUGCGGCACCGGCUGUCCCGCUCCGCGCUGCGCCGGGCCGCGGGCUGGUACCGGCGGCGGCUGGAGCUGCUGGGCAGCGAGGUGCGGCUCAGCCAGGAGCGGCGGCUGCGGCGGCUGCUGCCCGCCGGCACGGAGCGCGGCUCGGAGGCUUUCCGGGAGCGUCACCCCCUGGGACAGAGCUGCCCCGAAGGGGCGCCGGGGGGGCAGGUCCCCCCGCUGCGCCCCUGGGCUCUGCUCCGCAGCUGCUGGGGCACCGACCCCCCUCUGCAGGGGUCCCUGCUCUACCUGGAUGCCCUCCGCACCGCCUUCCCGCAGGCCCUGGCCCCCCGGGGCACGGCCCUGCUCUCCUGGGCGCCCGGCCGCCCCCGUGCCCCGGCGGGCUGGCCCCUGCCCACCCUGUACUGCACCCCGGCCGAGGCGGGCGCCCUGCCCUCGCGGGCCGCCGCGCUGCGGGUGCAGCUGCUCUUUGCCCUUCAGGCGCGUGCCCUGCGGGUGCUGGAGGCCGGGCUGGCCGCCGAGCUGCAUGAUGCGCUGGCAGCCCUGCGCGCCGGCUGGCCCGAGCUGGCCCAGGACCUGGCGCUGGGCAGGCUGAGCCCCCAGCCCGGGCUGCCCGAGGAUGCGCGGGGCCGGCUGCAGGCGCUGCUGGUCCCCGACGCCGCCCGGGCGGCCGAGCUCCGGGCCGAGUGCGCCCGCGGCUUCGAGGGCAUCGUGCAGCGCCUGUGGCCGCAGCUGGAUGUGGUGGUGGUGGGGACGGCACACGGCACGGAGCAGCUCUACUGCGAUGCCCUCCGCCAGGCCGACUGCAAGGGGCUGCCGUUCUACUGCCCCUUCUACUGGGCGGCGGGAGCCCUGCUCGGUGUGAACCUGUGGCCGGAGGAGCCAGCGCCCCGAUUCCUGCUGUGCCCUGACUGGGCUUUCUAUGAGUUCCUGCCCUGCCCGGCCGAGGAGGAGCCACGGACGGUGCUGCUGGGCGAGCUCUGGGAGGGACGCGAGUAUGGGCUGGUCCUGACGGCCUGGCCAGGAGAGUACAGGUGCCGUGCCGGGGAGGUGCUGAGGGUGACUGGCUUCCACAAGCAGUGUCCCGUGGUGGAGCCCGUGCGCAGGGAGAGCCAGGCCCUGAGUGUGCGGGGUGAGAGCAUCCCCGAGGAGCGGUUCUACCGGAGCCUGUGUCGCGCCGUGGGCAUGUGGCCGGGCGCUCGCCUGGUUGACUACGUCUGUGUGGAGAGUGCCCUGCUGGGCGCCUCCUCAGGGGCCUGCGCCCCCCACUACGAGGUGUUCGUGGAGCUGCGGGGCCUGCGGGACCUGUCGGAGGGGCAGCGCUACAAGCUGGACCAGUGUCUCCAGGAGGAUUUCCCCAUCUAUAAGUCCUUCCGCUUCAAGGGCAGCAUCGGGCCCCUGCGCCUGCACCUGGUGGGGGUCGGAGCCUUCGCCCGGCUGCGGGAGGCGCUGGGCUCCCCCCUCCCCAUGCCCAGGGUCCUGCGGGAGGAGCGGCUGCUGCAGCUCAUCCAGAGCACCGUCAUAUCCUAGGGCAGCCCGGGGGACCCGCAGCCCUCCUGCCCCUGGGGUUCGCUUGGCGUGCGCCCGCCGGGGAGGGAGCGGGGCCGAGUCCCUGGUGGGGGGCGAGGGUGCCCAGCCCCGGAGGGUUUGGCUGAGUGGAGAGGAUGGAAUCGGCAAGCUCGGCUGUGCCCCUGCUCCGCAGUGGCAGCAGGUGCCAGGCACCGGUGGGCAUCGCGCUCGGUGCUGCCUGCAGGGAUGGAGCAGGACGUGCAGCACACCCCAGCCCUGGCACCGGCCCCAGGCACUCGCUAGCAGACCUGGCCCUUCGCCAGGCUGUUCUGGGUGCAGGGUGGGACCGCGGGCGCUUGUGAGUGUCACGGGGGCAGCUGGGUCUGGCUGCCAGUGGCCACGGCUCGCCCCACUCUGCUGGGUGCCUUGGCAGUGCCUGCAGGCAGCCACAGCAGAGUGGGUGCCCAUGCCUUACCCGAGGGACACCUCGGCCAUUACAGCCCAUGGCUGGUGUCGGGGGGACAGCGGAAAACCUCCCCAGGAGCAGGAGGAGCUGUGGAGCUUCAGGCCCGUGCAGGAGCUCAGCUCAUCCCUGCGCUGAGCUCUGGGGCCCUGUGGCAUUUUGUCCCCUGGCAGGGACACCGUGGGCAGGGACACCGGAGGCAGGGCACAGGGUGGCUGGUGGUGGCAGGUGCCAGCUUCUGCAGAGCAGCCUCUCCGCCGGGCUCCAGUGCACAUCCGCUGGUUUAGGAAACAAUAAGCUCCAGCGAGGGCUGCUUUUAAUGUUUAAAAAAACAGAAGCAAAAUAAAGGAGGAUUACCUCUCAAAAAU